AUUAAAAUUUUCGACAUGUUAACUAGGAAUAUUUUAAGAAAAGGUUUAAAACACGCCGUUCCCUGUAAAUUAUUCUCCACUGUUACCUCUAACGUCACAAAAGCAGAACUGCACCCCAGAAGAAUAUUUUCAGGUAUCCAACCAACAGGAGCUAUACAUUUAGGAAACUACUUAGGAGCCAUAGCGCAAUGGGUAAAAUUUCAGCAACAAAACGAAGAUAUGAUACUGAGCAUAGUCGAUCUGCAUGCAAUGACGAUACCACAUGAACCGAAAAAGUUAUCUGAGAAUGUCAUGCAAAUAACGGCCACCCUUUUGGCUUGCGGAAUAGAUCCAGAAAAGGUUAUUUUGUUCCAGCAAUCGGCGGUGCCUGCACACACUGAACUUUGUUGGUGUUUAGGAUGUGUUUCAACAAUGGCUAGGCUAGGGCACCUUCCUCAAUACAAAGAAAAAUCCAGGGAUAUGAAAGAUAUACCUCUUGGACUGUUUGUGUAUCCUGUGCUACAAACUGCCGAUAUUCUUCUUUAUAAGGCAACUCAUGUCCCUGUAGGAGAGGAUCAAGUGCAACAGAUCCAACUUGCUCAGGAAUUGGCGAGGAUGUUCAAUAACCGAUUUGGCGAUACGUUUCCUGUUCCACACUCAAUCGUGACAGGUACCAAGUACGCUCGAUUAAGGAGUCUCAGAGAUCCCGACAAGAAAAUGUCGAAAUCAGAUUCUGAUCCAAAGAGUAGGAUAUGCUUGACGGAUAAACCUGAUGAUAUAGUGAGAAAUAUAAAGAAAGCAGUGACAGAUUUUACUUCUGAGGUUACAUAUGACCUAGAGGAACGACCCGGGGUUUCUAAUCUUAUCAGUAUACAUUCGUUUAUUACAAGUAAAACUGUGGAUGAAAUAUGUGAGGAAGCAAAAGGCUUAAGCACUGGACAGUAUAAAAUGGUGGUAGCCGAUGCGGUUGUUUCGUAUAUUAACCCAAUCCGGGAAAAAAUAUUGUACUACCUGUCGGAACAGCAGUAUUUGUUAGACGUAUUGAGGAAAGGAAGCGAAAAAGCUGUAGAUAUAUCUGAAAGGAAUAUGGAGGAAGUACGGUACAAGUUGGGAUUGAAGUUUCAUGCUAAGAGCAAAGAUAAGAUUAAACUAAAUGUAUCGUAAUAGUUUAGGUGUGUCAAUUUUUAUUAAAACUUGUUUUAUAUUAUGAACCGUGUAAAAAUUAAUAAAAUAACUUAAAAAUU